AUGAUGUGGCAGUGCCACGUCUCGGCCUCCGAGUGCCGCUGCUACCGGCUCAACGGCUUCUCUUUGCUCAAACGCCUCCCUCUGUCGGCAGAUGGGGCCUGCGGGCGUGUCCUGGAGCAGCCUGUGGGAGAAUGGCUGGAACACGUUGGGUUGCCCCAGUACGAGAGCAAGCUGCUGCUCAAUGGCUUUGAUGACCUACGCUUCAUGGGAAGUAACGUCAUGGAGGAUGAAGACCUGCAAGAAAUUGGAAUCACAGACCCAGGCCACAGGAAGAAAAUCCUUCAUGCUGCACGUAACCUUCCAAAGGUAAAAGCUCUGGGUUGUGAUGGCAGCACCUCCUUGGCCUCUUGGCUGGACACGCUUGGCCUUCAGGAAUACUUGCAUAACUUCCUGUCUUGCGGGUACCGCACCCUGGACUGUGUAAAAAACCUGUGGGAGCUGGAGAUGGUCAAUGUGCUGAAGAUUGGGCUGCUUGGUCACAGGAAGAGGAUCAUUGCUUCUUUAGCUGAGCGGCCGUAUGAGGAGGCUCCUACCAAGAACUCCCGUCUCUCCCAGUUCAAGAUUCAAGACCUGUUAUCUCAAACACCGUCGCCGCUCAGUUACAUGGACCCUUCCACCAGUCGGUCCAUGGACACGCUGCUCCCGUUGGGGGAGUAUGGUAGGAGGAGCAGAGGAAUGGACCAAGACUGCAGCGUGUCUCUGCGCUCCUACAGCGAAAGACCACGCUCACAUGUGAGGGCCAUGAACACCACAGAUUACAACAGCCGCUCUCUGAGAAGCGAAUGCAAAGUGGACCGGCACACAGACCGACACAGAGAAUCCCGACUAAACCUUAGGCCACCAAGUCACUCAGCAACCUAUUGCACUGUCUCUAGUUGGCAUCACCACCCAGAGAAGCUCAUUUUAGAGUCCUGUUGUUAUGAAGCCAGUUACCUGGGAUCUAUGAUCAUCAAAGACCUGCGAGGUAUAGAGUCUACACAAGAGGCCUGUGCUAGAAUAAGGAAAUCAAAGGACCAUCGAAAGGGCCCUGUUGUCAUCCUGUCCAUUACGUAUAAAGGAGUGAAAUUCAUUGACGCUGCUACCAAGACGAUAGUGGCUGAACACGAGAUCCAGAACAUUUCCUGUGCGGCACAGGAUCCUGAUGAUCUCCGUACCUUCGCCUACAUCACAAAGGACCUUAUGUCCAGUCACCAUAUCUGUCACGUCUUCAGCACGGUGGAAGUGACCCAGACCUAUGAGAUCAUCCUGACUCUGGGACAGGCAUUUGAAGUGGCCUAUCAGAUGGCUCUAAAAGCCCAGAGGGCUCGGCGCCACAGUACCUACACAGGGCCAGCAUCGGAGGUCAUAGAGACCAAAUCCAGCAGGCCCAGCUCUCAGUCACGCAGCAGCAUGCGAAGGUCCAUGAUGGACCCCGCAGAGCUGGAGGCCGAUGUGCAGUCCACAGGCAGCACCAGCUGGCUCUUCGACCCAAGGGACUCCAGCAAGCACCACCGCAGCACCAAGUAUGAAACCACCAUAUUCUGA